UGCCCGGCCAGGCGCCGGCCCGCGCUCUGCGGGCGGCGGGGCGGGGGCGGAGGGCAGGGGAGGGGCCCGGCGGCGGGGCCGGGCCGCGGCGGGGCAGCCCGGCGCAGAACCGCGGUGGCUGCGGCCGCAGGGGCUGGUGGCAGCGCUCUGCGACGCCCUCAGCCUGAGCCGCAGGUGGGGCGGGGAGGCGGCCGUCCCCCGUCCUCGGGGGACGCUGGGAUGAGGGAGCGGGCGGCGGGGAGCGGCGCCGGGCGGGAGGUGCUGCGGCUGCCGCCGCCCCGAGGUGGCGGCGGCCCCGAGGAGCGGGCGAUGGAUGGGGAGGGCGAGGCGGAUCUCUCCGACGACAAGGCGGCGCCGCGGUGGAAGGCGAGUUCGACCCCCCGGCCGCAGCCCCACGCCUGCAGCAAACCCCGGCCCCAGUCGUACCAGAGCCCCAACGGGGUGCUUUUCACCGACUUUCCCGUGGAGGACAGGUGCACCUUCACCGUGACUCAGCCCGCCGGCACUGUCAGCACCUGUCCGGGCAGCGGGGUGCCCCGCGGCCCCUCGUUUUUCAAUUCCAGCAUGGGAUCGGUGUCUAACGGGAAGGUACCGCCUCCAGCCUGCACGGCGGUCUCCCCCGAGCUGUCUCCUGAGCGGCCCCCCCAGGUGCUCGCUCUGGUUUCGAACAGUUCUGUGGGUUUUACUGCCAACGGCACCAUUACCUCACCAGGAAGCCAGCUGGGUCAUCCCCAUAGGAUUUCCAGUCAGUCAGCACUUAAACCGCAGCAAGAGCAGAUUGUUUUUACAGCCAGCCCUCAGCUUUCACCUACUGGAAACGCACCUUCCCCCGGUAACAACACCGCGGCAGCGUUGCCCUUGCAAUGCAACCGGGUUUCCAAAAUACCACAGAAAGUGCCGCUGGGGCCGCCCGCGAUUUCCCGGGCGACGUCCCCGGAGCAAGGCGUGACUCCUCAGAGGCCGGCGUCCCCUCAGGGCCAGCCCGUGGAGCAGCAGCCCGUGGUCCUGAGCACCAACAGCCCCGCCGCUCUCAAGGUGGGCACGCAGCAGAUCAUUCCCAAGAGUCUGGCUUCCGAAAUAAAGGUGACCGGCAAAGCCAGCAGCCAGAAGGCGGAGACGAGCAAGAGGGUGCUGAAGGUCCGGAGCAUGGUCGAGAGCCUGAGCGUGCCUUUGGUAGCCGAUGGUGAGGAAGAGGGCGACCUGGACAGCCCAGGGACCCUGAGACGUGGCCUGAGGUCGACAUCCUACCGCAGAGCGGUGGUGAGCGGCGUGGACUUUGACAGCUCUUCUAAUUCUAAGAAAAAAAACAGAAUGUCCCAGCCUAUACUUAAAGCAGUUGUUGAAGAUAAAGAGAAAUUUUCAAGCCUGGGGAGGAUAAAGAAGAAAAUGCUGAAAGGACAAGGGACAUUUGAUGGGGAAGAAAAUGCUGUAUUAUAUCAGAACUAUAAAGAAAAAGCUCUGGACAUAGAUUCUGAUGAAGAGUCUGAGCCCCAAGAGCAGAAAUCGGAUGAAAAGGUUGUUUUUCACUAUAAGCCCCUGAGAUCAACAUGGAGUCAGCUGUCCGUUGUAAAGAAGAAUGGAUUAUCGGCAGCGAUCAGCCAGGAAGAAAGAAAAAGACAAGAGGCAAUAUUUGAAGUGAUAUCUUCUGAGCAUUCUUAUUUGCUGAGCUUGGAGAUUCUGAUCCGCAUGUUUAAAAAUUCCAGGGAACUGAGUCUCACGAUGACCAAAACAGAGAGCCAUCACCUUUUCUCCAAUAUCACGGAUGUUUAUGAAGCAAGCAAAAAGUUCUUUAAAGAACUUGAAGCAAGACAUCAGAACAACAUCUUUAUUGAUGAUAUUAGUGAUAUAGUUGAAAAGCACACUUCGUCAACAUUUGAUCCAUACGUAAAGUACUGCACCAAUGAAGUCUAUCAGCAGCGAACACUGCAGAAAUUACUAGCCACAAAUCCAGCAUUUAAAGAGGUGUUAUCACGGAUCGAGUCCCAUGAAGACUGUCGGAAUUUACCAAUGAUCUCUUUCCUCAUUCUUCCCAUGCAGAGAGUUACGCGGCUUCCCUUACUGAUGGAUACUAUUUGUCAGAAAACUCCUAAGGAUUCACCAAGGUAUGAGAACUGCAAGCAAGCCCUGAAAGAAGUAAGCAAGCUGGUGCGUUUAUGCAACGAAGGUGCUCGGAAAAUGGAAAGGACAGAAAUGAUGUACACAAUUAACUCCCAACUGGAAUUUAAAAUCAAGCCAUUUCCAUUGGUUUCUUCUUCACGAUGGUUGGUAAAAAGGGGUGAAUUAACAGCAUAUGUAGAAGACACUGGACUUUUUUCUAAAAGAACUUCUAAACAGCAGGUGUACUUCUUCCUUUUUAAUGAUGUCCUCAUUAUCACCAAGAAGAAGAGUGAAGAGAGCUACAAUGUUACAGAUUAUUCUCUAAGGGACCAGCUGGUGGUACAACAAUGUGACAGUGAGGACCUGACUUCUUCUCCUGUAAAGAACACUUCAGCUAUGCUCUACUUGCGGCAGAGUUCCGCAGCUCACCUCUUCAGACUAGCGGUCCUCAGUAACCACGCAGGAGAGAAGGUAGAGAUGCUCCUGGGAACAGAGACUCAGAGUGACAGAGCUCGCUGGAUUACAGCGCUUGGACAGGACCGAGACGGGCAGAAAACGGACAGGACAACUUUGACUCAGGUAGAGAUCAUCAGAACUUACACAGCAAAGCAGCCAGAUGAACUGUCUCUUCAAGUUGCUGAUGUUGUUUUGGUUUACCAAAAAGUAAAUGACGGUUGGUAUGAAGGGGAACGACUGCGGGAUGGUGAAAGAGGUUGGUUUCCCACGGAGUGUGCUAAAGAAAUCACAUGUCGUGCCACGAUUGACAAGAACAUGGAACGGAUGGGACGUUUACUUGGACUUGAAACCAACGUGUAGAGUGUUUUUGCUUCACCAUACUAUACUACAGGAUUUGCACUAACUGCUGUCAGUGGGGGUACGGUUGCAUGCCCUACAGCUCUGACAUGAAGAUGUGGGUCACCAAUGCAAAAAAAUCUAGUAACAGCACUGAUGUUUUAGAUACUCAUCCCUUUUUGUUUUGUGUUUUGAAAGCUCUGAACUGAAACCUGGGCUUGACCAGUGGCAAAUUUCAACUCAAAGUUGUUUCUUAGGCACUGGAGAGCUGCUGUGCAUCUCUGACUCACAUUUCAGUUUCAUCUUCAGUUCCUCCAUCCCUGCCUCUUCAUGUAUUCUUUCUCCAUCUGUUUUUGAGCAUUUUUGACUUUCUUUCAGAAGCAGAUGCAGUCUGCCUAGAAGACUGAAAACCAGCAACUCACCCAAUCCAUUGAGCUGGAGGUGAGUAGCAAUAUUGGGGGUUUUCUGCUCCUAAGAAACUGCAGUGUUACAUACUCUGCUUCCGAGAAUGUUAAUGGAAUACUUCCCAGUUGUGUCAAAAGCUGCAUGUCACCUGAACUACACUAACCAACCCUAUAAUUCAUAAAGGACUACCUCCCCAGCACAAAUCCAGGGACGUCCCAGGCUUUGUAAGUAGUAAUUAGCAAUACUGGCAAAGCUGACAAAAGCUCCAGAGAAAGCUCCAGAGAAGAGUCCAGGGAAGUGCCUCCAGUGGUGGUGGUCUCUAAUACAACCUGUUACCCACUCGGGCAGCUCAGGCUUUUUCUCCCUCUAGUGCUGCAGUGGUGAAAGGAUUUCUGAAAGCAAGAAAGAAGUACCAACUUCUGCAAAAUAUAUAAUGUUGAUUAGCUUGUUCUCAGCUCAUUUUAGCAGAGGUAUUUUAGAGGAGUAUAACUGUUGGAAAUGUGUCCAUUAGGGGGUUGUUUUGGGUUUGUCUUUUAGUCUUUCUGCUCUUCUGUACUAGAACUUAUUUCCUUCUGUGGAGGCAAAAAACUUCAGUUUACCUACAUCUUUAGCAUUUGUUAGCAUCAUGUUGAAUCUACAAGCAAAAAAAGGAGGGAGAAGAAAGAUCUGCAGAGUCUUGUUAAGUUCUCAUCUCCAGUGCAUAUAAAUGGUGAGACCACCACUGAGGAAGGAGUUGGAAGUAGACAUCUCAGGACCUUGAUUAACUUAGUAUUUUGUUAGCUUUGCCUUCUCCUACUGCAGUGUGAUGUGAUGUCAUUGGAUGCUUCGGGAAGAGGGAGAGUGAGUGGUAAAAUAGUACUCUGACCUUGCUUUCAGAGGGCUUGCAUUUGUGCUGCUUCACACAUGCUCUUCUCUGGCUUAGAGAAGACUUCUCACAAUUGCACUGCACACACCACCUGCUAAAUUUUUGCAUCUGUAAGUGGUUGGGGUUUUUUUUUUCUGUAAAAUUCCAAAGCUAAACUAAUGUGUGAACAAAAUGCACUCAAAAAUGAAAUAAAUUUCAGUGCAUCUUUUCUGUAUAUAGGUGUGACAGUUUGUGUAUAAAAGUCUUCACCUUUUUAAGGACCAGCUGAUAACUCAGCAGGGUUGAAUACAGAGUCAGUAAAACUGAGGGAAAAAUGUCUAGUUCAAAGGCUUUCUUCUUGUUGCAUUCCCUACCUUUUUUAAAGGGGCUGUAUAUUCUUUUAUAUCCUGUAAUAUGUUGAUUCAAUUUGUGAAUUAAUUGGUUGUUUAUAAAUAUGUAUCUAACAAUUUAAAAUAUAUUAGGAAGGCAAUGAUUUUGUACAAAAAUACUUACCUUGACAGUCUGAUGUGGUUAUACAGCCUUGUAAAUUAAUUUAUAAGUAGACUGAUAAAGAAGUAAUGCGAAAAGCUGUAAAGUGAACAAAGACUUAUUUAACAUAGUAAAAAUACUGGUAAUAUUUUAAGAAAUUUUAUUGUAAACAGGCAGAUGUUUAACAUAACUGAAUGUAUAAAGCCAGAGAUUAAUGUUAUUCAGAUUUUUUUAAUACAUUGUAUAUAUUUUUCAGACUUAGUUUUUCAAAAAAUGCUGUAGUGUUUUUUAAAGACAUUUGUAAUUUUUCCUGUUGUCAGAGAUGGUUCUUCAGGAAUUAGAACUCCAUUAUUUUAUAGGACAACAAUCAAUAAAAUGCUUUUAAAUCCUUUAAAAAAAAGAA